AUGUUUGAUUACACGCCAGAUGUGUCAAGAACAGAGCAAAUGAGUCAAGUUAUUAGAUACGUUCGUGUCACUGGUAGUAAAGUAAUUGUAGAAGAAAGUUUCUUAGGCUUUAUAGAAUCUCAUGAAAAAACUGGUAGUGGUUUGACUACUGAAAUAUUACAUCAGAUAUCUCAAGAUGGUUUGGAUAUUAAUAAUUGUAGGGGCCAAGCAUAUGACAACGGAUCAAAUAUGGCAGGGAAGUACAAUGGGGUUCAAGCAAAAAUUUUAGAAAAAAAUAACUUAGCAACAUUUAUGCCUUGUACACCACAUUGUUUAAAUUUAGCAGGUGUAAAUGCUGUAGGAUCAAAUAAACAAAUGCAACUAUUGUUCGGUAAAAUUCAACAACUAUUUAAUUUUUUUUCUGGUUCUACUUUACGUUGGGAAAUAUUGAUGAAAUCAUUGAAAGUAACUCUUAACCCAUUUUCCGAUACUAGAUGGUCCUCUAAAGCUGCUGCAGUAAAGGCCCUUUACAAACAAUUACCUGAAGUGAAAUGUACUUUGAUUAAUAUUAUUGAAAAUGGAAAUCUUGAUUCAAAACCUAUUGCGAAAAAUUUACUUAAUUUAGUGGAUCACGAAUUUAUUUGCUUAUUAACGAUUUGGAAUUCUAUACUAUCAAAUAUUGAUAGUGUAAAUAUAUUUCUUCAAAAAAAAAAACAAUUACGAAAAAAGGAAAAAAAGAGCAAAAAAAUGGAUAUUGAUGAGUCUGCUGAUGAAUGGGACACUUCUGCUAAAAACAAUUGCAUAAUUAAUUUGAAAAAUGUCUGUGAUGUUUUGCUUACACACUUCGGUUGGAGAUUUGAAACAUUGAAUAAUGUAUCUUCAGAUUUUAGUUUUCUGACUGGAUCUGAACUAUUCGAAAAAGAUACAGAUGAAUUAGUCAAAGUAGCAGCUGAUUUAGCCUUAAAAUAUAAUAAAGACUUAAAUGCUUCAGAAUUAACAGAAGAAAUAAUACAUUUUAAACAUCAUGCCAUAAAUGCAUUACCUAGUAUCAAAAAUACAACACCAUUAGAACUGUUAGAGUUUAUUUUUGAGUAUUCCAUGACAAAUAUUUUUCCAAAUAUUUGCAUAGAACUUCGACUUUAUUUAACAUUGCCAUGUACAACAGCCACGUGUGAACGAAGUUUCAGCAAACUGAAACUAAUAAAAACGUAUUUACGCUCCACAAUAAAUCAAACAAAACUAACUAAUCUUGCAUUAUUGUCUAUUGAAAAAGAAAUAUCAAACUCAAUUGAUUUCGAUUCAGUUAUAAACGACUUCGCUGAGGUAAAAGCCAGAAAAAUUAAAUUUUAA